GGAGAGGGACUGAGUAACCCUUGUGAUCAGAUGAAAUUCUUUCCUGAGCAUCAAACCAAAGGGGAAGGUCACAACACCGCUGUGCUCCUAACCACCGUUCGCAGGUCUUCCUCUGAAGCAAGGUCCGUUGUAUUUAACCCGCUGAGAUGAUGGUAUUAAUUCUCCUACCCUUCCUCUGUGUCGGAGUAUCAGGAAGCCCAGCCCUGGCAAGGCUUGCCUCUUUCUCUGGAGAAUUUGGUGGUGACAGUGGAGAAUAUUUUGACCAUUCGAAUAAUGAACUGGAUGGCCCCGUGACUGCCCUAAAAAUAAGAGCAAAUGACAGGUACCUCUUAAGCAUUCAGGUCCGCUAUGGAGACUCAUGGUCUGUCACCGAAGGGAGUACGGCGGGCAACCCGUCUGGCAUGGAGCUGUACCACGGAGAGGGAUUUAUCCAAGUCACGGGGCGUUUUGGGAACUACGUGGAGUACCUUGCGUUCCGGACCAACCUGGGGCGCGUCUUUGCCUUCGGGCCCAACUUUGGUCCCGGGAUGGGCUUCGAAGCUGAGCCGAUGUUCCCCAACACGGUCCUGCGCUUCAUCAGCGGGCGCUCGGGGUCUUUGGUCAACGCUCUCGGGUUCCACUGGGACCAAGACCCAGAGAUUGGGGCCGGGAAUCAAUCCUCCCUUUCCACAGAGCCAUCUGCAAUCAUCACCACAUAGAGGACAGAAAUCAAUAAACACACCCAAUGCUGAAUCGUGGUGUGUUUUCCGGGCUGUUUGGCCAUGUUCCAGAAAUAUUCUCUCCUGAUGUUUCACCCACAU